ACCAAAAAGUGCUUCCUCUGCGACUUACCUGCCAACAGCGAAGUGUAUAGAAAGACAGACGGACAGAUAGACAGGCAUAAAGGGAGGCGGGCAGGUAAGGAUCACUGGAGGCGGAAGAGCGAGCAGGUUAAUCUUUCCUGUUAGUACUUUGUCCACAGUUUCUCCAGGUGUUCCGUUUACAACUCUCCUGCCUGCUUGUUUCUUUUUUUUUUUUUUUUCAAACGCGGUUUUUAUUUAUUAUUUAUAAAAGUGGCGAGCCGUCUGAAGAAGCAUGGCAGAACAUGGGAAGAAACUGAUUCUGGUUGCGGUGGAUAUUCUGUGCGUCUUUGCUGCGGCUCUACCCUCAGCCAUUCUCACAUUGAAGUUCAAGCCUUACCAGAGAGGAAUCGACUGCAAUGAUCAGAGCAUCCGUUAUCCCUACAGGAGAGACACCAUCUCUCAUGGGACGAUGGCUGCAGUCACCAUCUCCUGCUCCAUAGUCAUUAUCACAACAGGAGAGGCCUACCUGGUGCACACCAAUCGUCUGCGCUCCAAUUCCCCGUUCAACCAAUACCUGUCAGCUCUCUACAAAGUGGUGGGCACCUACUUGUUUGGAGCCGCUAUCAGCCAGUCGCUGACUGACUUGGCAAAGUUCACCAUAGGCCGUCCUCGUCCAAACUUCAUAGAUGUGUGCAAGCCAGUGGUCUGUAAUGGAUACAUGAUGGAGAUCAAGUGCAACGGCACCCUCCGCAAUGUGACUGAAUCCAGGUUAUCGUUCUACUCCGGACACUCGUCCUUCGGGAUGUACUGCAUGAUCUUCCUGUCGCUCUAUGUUCAGGCCAGGAUGCAGGGGAAAUGGACGAGACUGGUUCGACCCACGAUCCAGUUCUUCCUGGUGUCGUUCUCUCUGUAUGUGGGAUACACGCGCGUCUCUGACUACAAACACCACCCGGGCGAUGUCGUGGUGGGACUGCUGCAGGGCGCUCUCAUCGCUGUGCUCACAGUCCGAUAUGUGUCCGAUUUCUUCAAGCAGCGCCCUCCAGUUUCUGAGCCGCAAACACCAGAGACUGAACAACUCGAAUGUAAACCGAGGCCUUCAGAUUCAGAACACAGAAAUCACAGCUACAGCGGAUCAGUAUGAGUGCACCACCCUACAGCUACUGUCACCAGCCCGGCCCCCGCACUCUAUAACAGCAGCUCCGUUAUCAAAGAACGUGCACAGAAGAAAAAAACAACGAAAGCAGCAGAGCACAGUCUGCUAUUAGAUCUCCAUAACACUUUCACAGCUAUGAAAACUCCAGGGCCUCUAUAAGUUUGUGUUUAUAUGCUGCAAAGAUGUGAUUGAGUUGGUUUUUUUGUUUGUUUUAUAAUGAGUGGGUUGUGUGUGAGUUUUUUUUCAUUAUGUUCAUUUUUAAAAUUUUCUUAAUUAUUUCUUGCAGAAAGAUUCAGAUUUGUCUGAGAAAUUGAUGCUGUGAGUCAGAGUGGCUGACAGCUGAAGAGAUCGGUCCAAUUUCAAUUCCAAAGAUUUUGUUCUGCACUUGAAUGGAAGAACCGAUCCUUGGAGGCUGAAUAAUGUUAUACACUUUGCUACAGUCUGAUAAGACUGUUCAUGUUUUACCUACUCUCGAGCUCGACUGCCUCUUUGUGACACCCAUUAGUUUUUGUUUUUUUUUCUACAGACAUCUCUUUAUUGUCUUUAAAAGAUAUGCAAGUGUAAUUAUGGAGUGCUUCCACUGACAUAAUAUACAGACAGGAUGAUUUGUAGCACUAACACUUUUUUAAAAUCUUCAAUGUCUAAUAAAUUGUGUAAUUUUUUUAUUUUCAAGAAUGUAUGACCACUAAUUUACUGAAGUUAUGGUGAAACUUUAAGCUGGCGAUAUUGUUCCUUCUGUCACUUUUUCUCAGACUUGAAAGGGACGGCCAAGGACAAAUGGAGAUGUUCCUGAGGCAUCUUCAUCCUAUAACCUUCCUCUUUUGAUACAAAGUAAAUACACCUUCAUGGACCUUUUCCUUCCCCAUUUAUAACACCGUGUGUAACCUAUUGUGAAAUUGUACAUAAUGUAAUCACUUACUUCCUUUAGCCUUCAGGGUGUUUUACAGUUUUCCAUAAAUACUUGCCAGCAUAUUCA